AUGACCGUUGGUGCCGGAAUCACCGUCAACGACUCCGAUUUAGUUGUAUUAGGUCACCGUGUUCUUCACAAUGUACCGGAAAAUGUUCUAGUAACUCCGGCUUCAGGUAACGCCUUGAUCGACGGUGCAUUCCUCGGCGUUUCAUCGGACCAAACCGGAAGCCACCGUGUCUUUCCCUUAGGGAAACUCGAAGAUUUGAGGUUUAUGUGUGUGUUUCGAUUUAAAUUAUGGUGGAUGACUCAAAGAAUGGGAACCAAUGGGAAAGAGAUUCCAUGUGAGACUCAAUUUCUAAUAGUAGAAGCAAACAAAGGAACUGAUUUAGGAGGAGGUGAUCAAAUUUUCUCGUACGUUGUGUUCUUGCCUAUACUUGAAGGAGAUUUUAGAGCUGUUUUGCAAGGGAAUGAAGUAAAUGAGCUUGAGAUUUGUCUUGAAAGUGGUGAUCCAACCGUUGAUCGAUUCGAGGGAAAUCAUUUGGUUUUUGUGGCUGCUGGAUCUGACCCUUUUGAUGUCAUUACCAAAGCUGUCAGGGCGGUUGAACAACAUCUUCAAACAUUUUCACAUCGUGAGAGGAAGAAAAUGCCAGAUAUGUUGAACUGGUUUGGUUGGUGUACAUGGGAUGCUUUCUACACUAAUGUCACAGCUAGUGACGUCAAGCAAGGUCUUGAGAGCCUUGAAGCCGGUGGGAUUACCCCGAAAUUCGUUAUAAUCGAUGAUGGAUGGCAAUCUGUUGCUAUGGAUGAGACUGGUGUUGAAUUUAGCGCUGAUAAUGCAGCCAAUUUCGCCAACAGAUUAACACAUAUCAAGGAGAACCACAAGUUUCAAAAGAAUGGCAAAAAGGGUCAUCGAGUGGACGACCCUGCAAUGAGUCUAAGACAUGUUAUCACAGACAUUAAGAGUAACAAUUCACUCAAGUAUGUUUAUGUUUGGCACGCGAUAACGGGAUACUGGGGAGGAGUCAAACCGGGUGUUUCGGGUAUGGAGCAUUACGAAUCAAAGGUUUCGUAUCCAAUUUCUUCGCCAGGAGUUAUGUCCAAUGAAAAUUGUGAAUGUCUAGAAAGCAUAACUAAGAAUGGACUUGGUUUAGUGAAUCCUGAGAAAGUCUUUAGCUUCUAUAAUGACCUUCACUCGUACCUUGCAUCGGUUGGGAUCGAUGGUGUCAAAGUGGAUGUCCAAAACAUUCUUGAAACUCUUGGAGCUGGACAUGGCGGUCGAGUCAAACUUGCAAAGAAGUAUCACCAUGCUUUGGAAGCUUCAAUUUCAAGAAACUUCCCUGAUAAUGGUAUUAUCUCUUGCAUGAGUCAUAACACAGAUGGUCUCUACAGCGCUAAAAAGACGGCUGUUAUAAGAGCAUCAGAUGAUUUCUGGCCUAGAGAUCCCGCGUCGCACACGAUCCACAUUGCUUCAGUUACAUAUAAUACACUUUUCCUUGGCGAGUUUAUGCAGCCAGAUUGGGAUAUGUUUCAUAGUUUGCAUCCGAUGGCUGAAUAUCACGCAGCAGCUCGAGCGGUUGGUGGAUGUGCCAUUUAUGUCAGCGACAAACCGGGACAACAUGACUUUAACCUCUUAAGAAAAUUAGUACUUCGAGAUGGUUCCAUACUCAGAGCAAAGCUUCCCGGAAGACCAACCCGUGAUUGCUUAUUCAGCGAUCCGGUCAGAGACAAUAAAAGUCUUAUGAAAAUAUGGAACUUGAACGAAUUCACCGGAGUUAUUGGAGUCUUUAACUGCCAAGGCGCCGGAUGGUGUAAGAACGAGAAGAAAUACUUAAUCCAUGACCAACAACCUCGGACCAUUUCUGGUUAUGUUCGAACAAAUGAUGUUCACUACCUUCAUAAAGUCACAAACUUUGAAUGGACAGGCGAUUCAAUUGUCUAUUCUCAUCUCAAAGGAGAGUUAGUGUAUCUACCUAAAGAUACAACUUUACCAAUCACAUUGAAAUCGCGCGAAUACGAAGUUUUCACGGUGGUUCCGGUGAAGGAAUUUUCCGAUGGAAGUAAGUUUGCUCCGGUAGGGCUUAUGGAGAUGUUUAAUUCAGGAGGAGCCAUUGUGAGUUUAACAUAUCAUGAAAAUGGGACUCACUUUGUCAUUAAGAUGAAACUUAAAGGUAGUGGUUUGUUUGCGUUUUACUCGUCUAUUCGACGACCACGGAAUGUUACGGUGGAUUCUAAAGAUGUAGAGUACCGGUAUAAACCGGAAUCCGGUUUGGUUACAUUUACAUUAGGAGUCCCGGAGAAAGAAUUGUAUCUUUGGGACGUUGUCAUUGAACUUUGA